UGCCGGACAUGGUGUGGGGAGGGCUCAACAGUGAUGCUGGUCGUUGUUUAUCCCCUAAGUCCGGAAGCUUUCUGCUGGGAAGGAAAGGGAGGGGAGAAGUGGGACCGUUCCCAGAACUGGAGCGGGAGGGAUGCUCCUGGCUGUGCCUGGAGACACCUCCGAGACACCCCCAUCUGGAUGGUCCCAGUGGUCCUUGACCCUGGUAUUGCCUCUUCUUCCCAGCUCCCUGGUGUCUCUGCAGUGACUGGGAAGGACCAGGGACCUGCUGGUGGCCUGAGACAGGACAGAAACAGGUGGAGACAGGGAGAAGGUGCAGGGCUCCAGGGAGCAGCUGGAGUGGACCCAGAACAUCAGCUGCCUCAGCACCCUCCUCCAGCACCCAUCCUGACUGCGCCAGCACCCAGCGAGGAACUGGUGACACCACCAUGUCCCAGGCAGAAGGAGGCAAGGAGACCUUUGAAUACUGUGAUGUGGUCAUCAACAGCCAGGAAAAGGUUUCCGACGUGUACACGCAGCUGGAGAAGCUGGGAGAGGGAAAAUUUGGGACCGUGUACCGGCUGCAGGAAAAAGCCACCGGCAAAAUCAGGGCUGGGAAAUAUUUCCGGACGCGGACAACUAAAGAGAAGCAGGCUGCUCGGGCCGAGGUGGAGCUCAUGAACCUCUUGCAUCACCCACGCCUAGUGCAGUGCCUCGCCGCCUUCCAGGGUCCCGCUGAGCUGGUGAUGGUGAUGGAGUAUGUGGCAGGUGGAGAGCUCUUUGAGCGCAUCGUGGAUGAUGACUUCGAGCACACGGAGCCCAGCAGUGCCCAGUAUGUGCAGCAGAUCCUGGAGGGGCUGCAGUUCAUGCACGACCAGGCCAUCGUCCACCUUGACCUCAAACCUGAGAACAUAGUCUGCAUCAGUCCUGGUAGCCACUGGCUCAAGAUCAUCGACUUUGGCUUGGCGCGAAAGCUGGCUCCAGACACCCCUGUGAAGGUGCUGCACGGCACUCCUGAGUUCAUGGCUCCAGAAGUGGUCGCCUUUGAGCCUGUGGGCUUCACCACAGACAUGUGGAGCGUUGGCGUCAUCUGCUACAUCCUGCUGAGCGGGGAGUCCCCCUUCCAGGGGGACAAUGACAUGGAAACGCUGAGCAACAUCACAGCUGCUCAGUGGGACUUUGAGGAGGAGACCUUCUCGGAGAUCUCUGAGCAGGCCAAGGACUUCAUCAGUGAGCUGCUGCAGAAGGACCCCCGACACCGUCUCUCCAGCGCGGGGGCUCUCCUGCACCCCUGGCUGCAGCAGCCCCAGCCCAGCAGCUCAAAGGCACUGUCGAAGGAGAGGAUUAAGCAGUUCCUGACUCGUCGGAAGUGGCAGAAAACAGGCAAAGCCUUGCUGGCCCUCAACAGGUUGACCCUGCUGUCCCAGACCCCGGAGAGGAAAGCAUCAGAGGCUCAGGAUGAGGAAGACCUGGGCUGCAGCCCGGAGGAGGACCAAACCUCUGGAUCUCUGCCCCAACCAGGACCUACCGGCUUGGAGCUGCUGAUGGACCGAGAGGAGGAGGAGGAGGAUCGUGGGAGCACUGUGGCUGGAGGGGAGGCCGAGAGCAGGGUCGGCAUGGCCGUGCCACCCCAGCCCUAGACCCCCGCGAGCAGCUGGUGAGAGAGGAGCGUGGAGUGGUGGAGAUGGAGCCUCCUCCUCCAGCAGCUCACACGAUGACCUGGACCCCCGGGUGGAUACAGAACCUGGUGCUCCUUUCUCGUAGGUGGGCUGUGGUGUCCCACGGUGUCCCUGCGCUGGUGUGGGGACAGCAGGUGUGGCGGGAACCAGCGUUCCUGGCUGCAUGGCCACCAGGGGUUGAGCUGUCACCAAUAAAGCACUG